GCAGAUCCUGCGCGGCUCCCGCCGGGGCCGCCAGCCAUGCGCACGGCGGGAUGAAGCUGCAGGCGGUGGUGGAGCAGCUGCAGAAGCAGCAGCAGCAGCAGCAGCAGCAGCCGCCGGCGGUGCCCAUGGAUUGCCGGGAGCGCCGCCGGGAGCCGCAGGUGCCGUUCCCGACACCGCCGCCCUUCCCCGGCCAGCCCCGCGCCGGGCGCGCCCCGGGGGUGUCACCCGCUGUGCCCCCGGGGGUGUCACCCUCCGUCCCCGCGGGCAGAGCCCCCGCCGUAGCCAGCCGGCCCUUGGAGCAGAGCAGCGGGAACUCUGAGGACGAGGAGGAGGAUGAGGAGGAGGAGGAUGAAGAGGAGGAUGAAGAAGACGGCGCUGAGCUGGAGGACGGCUCCGGGGUGGCCGGCCAGCAGAGCUGCUCUGCCCUGCCCUAUUUCCGCGCUCCCAAAGGUGCCCAUGGCAAGCCCAGAGGGGGAUCUGCCGCCAGCCCCGUGCCAGGCGCGGGGCACCCGCGGGGCACCCAGCAGGGCAGGGAGGAGCAGGGCACAGACCCUGCCCAGCGCUGCGCAGCCCUGGCGGGGCGCCCCGGCUGGCGCCUGGACGAGCAGCUCAAACAGAACGGCGGCGUGAGCUGGAGCGACGACAGCGACGGCGGCCGGGGAAGGGAGAUCUCCAGGGACUUUGCCAAGCUGUACGAACUGGACAGCGAUCCCGAGCGGAAGGAGUUCCUGGAUGACCUCUUCAUCUUCAUGCAGAAGAGGGGAACUCCCAUCAACAGGAUCCCCAUCAUGGCCAAGCAGAUCCUGGAUCUCUACAUGCUCUACAAGCUGGUGACCGAGAAGGGCGGGCUGGUGGAGAUCAUCAACAAGAAGAUCUGGAGGGAGAUCACCAAAGGCCUUAACCUGCCCACCUCCAUCACCAGCGCCGCCUUCACCCUGCGCACACAGUACAUGAAGUACCUCUAUGCCUACGAGUGCGAGAAGAAGUCUCUGAGCUCCCCAGCCGAGCUCCAGGCCGCCAUCGACGGCAACCGGCGCGAGGGCCGGCGGCCCAGCUACAGCUCCUCGCUGUUCAGCUACUCUCCCUCCCCGCCGGGGGCUCCUUCCCUGCUGUCCCCCCCCAAAAUCCGCUUCCCCAUCAUCGGCGUGGCACCAGGCAGCGCCACCGGCAACCCCCGCGUGUCACCGGCCCUCAGGAAAGGUGACGGCGUGCCCCUGACGGUGUCCAUGCCGAGCCGCGUGGCCGUGCCGGUGACGCUGGGUGGCCAGCAGGGCACCGUGGCGGCCAGGACGGCCACGCUGGAGCAGCUGAGGGAGAGGCUGGAGGCGGGAGAGCCCCCGGAGAAGAAGGUGCCACGCAUGACGGAGGAGGAGCAGCGGCUGGUGCAGCAGGCGCUGCAGCGCAACCUGUUCAGCAUGGCCCGGCAGAUCCCCAUGAAGAUCAAAAUCAACGGCAAAGACAAGGCCGACGCGGCGGCGCUGAACCUGUCCCCGAACGGCAUCGGCAGCAUCAACAUGUCCGUGGAGAUCAACGGCACCACCUACGCCGGGGUGCUGUUUGCCCAGAAGCCCGUGGUGCAGCUCCUGGCCAGCUCGGGCACGCAGAGCUCGUGCAGCAGCAGCAGCUCCAGCAGCUCCAGCAGCUCCCACUGCUCCCCCAGCCCUACCUCAUCGCGGGGCACGCCCGGCGCAGAGCCCUCCACCAGCUGGUCCCUGUGACGGGCACUGCCCAGGAGUGCACACAUACCUCACCUCAAGGAACCUGCUCUCGUGGCUGCACAGCACCUGGAGGAUGAUGAUGAUGAUGAUGAUGGUGGUGGUGGUGAUGGUGGUGAAACCUUUCCAUGCCAGCGAGUUCUCCUUCAUCAUCUCUUUGUCCGGCCUUUUUUUGGCUUUGUUCCCCCCUUUCCUUCCUCCCUUCUGCUCUUUGGUUCCUCCUCCUCCCAGGGUGUGUGGUGUUCCCAUGGAGGAGGGGCACACCUGGCGUUUCUCAAUCAGGGAUGGCUCUGGGGCCACAGCUCCUGGACAGGACGUCACCAGGGCAGGGAAAGGGCCAGGGCUGGGCUGGGGACCCUGGUUCUGGUGGAGCCCUGGUUCUGUUGGGAACCCUGGUUCUGGUGGAACCCUGGUUCUGUUGGAACCCUGGUUCUCUUGGGAGCACUGGUUCUGGUGGAGCCCUGGUUCUGAUGGAACCGUGGUUCUGUUGGGAUCCCUGGUUCUGCUGGAGACCUGGUUCUCCUGGAGCCCUGGUUCUGUUGGGAACCCUGGCUCUGGUGGAGCCCUGGUUCUGCGGGGAGCCCUGGUUCUGCUGGACCCAGGGCCACCAGGGCUCUUCCCUCCCACAACUCCGUGUUUUGACAAUCCUGAGAGCCGGGGUGUGCCUGGCCCUGUCCUCCCAUGGCAAUCUGCUCGUGUCCCUUCCUGCUGUGGCCCCAUGUCCUCCCUGCUGCUCCUCUCCACGGUUCUGGCACCAUCAGCUGCUCAGUUCUGGCUGCUGCCACCUCACCCCUCGAGUCCUGAGUGUCCCUGAGGAGUGACACAGGGCCUGGGCGUGCUGGGGUUCCAUGUGUCCCGCUGUGUCCCCGUAGCAGGGUCACUCAGGUUGGUGCAGGCUCCCUGGAGCAGCUCUGGGAGCUCUGCAGGGCUGUGUGCUCAGCACACGGCUGCAGGUGGGGUGUAAAUGUGGGGAUCUGGGGCUCUGAAGAAACCCCCUCUGACUGUACCCGAGCAGGGCAGGCCUCCUGCUCCCAGGGAGGAGCAGAGCCCAGGGAAUCCAGCCCUUCCUGGCCCAGGGAAUCCAGCCCUUCCUGGCCCUGGGAGCCCGUGCUGGAAGCAGAGCUGGAGCUCCCUGUGGAUCAGCUGCUCAGGUGGCCUGGUGCUGUCCCCCUGUGCUGUCCCCACCCUGCUUUCCCCAUCCCCUGCCCUGGUGCCAUCCCUGCCAUCCCUCCUGCCCUGUGACGUCCUUCCCGUGCUGCAGGCCCGAGUCAGGUUUUUUGAGCAGACGAAAUACCUCAGAUAUGUACUUGUUGGGUUGCUUUUGUUUGUGUUGGGUUGGUUUUUUUUAACCUCUUCAGGAAGUAUUGGCAUAUCCUAUCGCUUGGGGGUUUUCAUAGGUGGGUUUGCUGACUUUGUGUUUGCUUUUAUUUCUGUUGGCUUUUAAUGGAUCACCAAAGACAGGGAGUUCAGACAAGGCUGAGCAGAGGAGCAGUGGCUUCCCCACCCUCCAGGAGCCCAUCCCAGGACAUGUGCACGGUGGGACAGCAGGAAAACAGAGCAGGGGUGAUCCUGCCCCUUGGAUCUGUGCGUUGUCCUCGCUCUCCCAGCUCCGGGCUCUGCCCUCCUGCUGCUUCCUGCGCUGUGCCAGGGCUGUCCUGCCCCCGCAGUCCCCAGGGAUCACCGGGAUGCCCG